AUGUCCUCCAUCCCUUUGCUCCUACUCUUCCUCCUCACCCUCCCCAUCCGCCCUCACAUACCCCUGCGUCAAAUCCGCCUCGACGCAUUCCUCAUGCCUCUCUCACUACCUUUCAUCCCAUCCUCGACGUUUGAGACUCUCCCGGACUCUAGACCAUGGGACAUAUCCAGAGCUAUAGUAAGACUGAUCAUUGCUUAUUCGCUCUUUGCUGGAUUCGGGUCUGUACUUAGAACCCUAAAGAGGAUAGGAGGUUGGAAGAUUCCCGAAUCAUCUACAAAUCAACUGGUUAGAGUAGGAUUAUUGUGGUUGCUAGCUUGGAGGGGAGCUACAUUGCCUUUUGUUCCUGAUGAGAAAGCUUGGAAGAGACCUUUGGACGUGACAACGAUAGUUGGUAUAGGAAGUGGAGGAAUUUGUGUGAUUGAUGAGGUUAGAGAGAUUGCGAGGCUGCUAGGCCUAAAGAGCUCAAAUCAGUAUCCCAAGUCAGGUAUAGUAUCACGAAUCAUCCAAAUCAUCUUAUCGAUACAUCGGAUACUCUUAUCUUUCAGGAUCAUCAGUGCGGCUUUCGCACCUCUCAAUCAGAUACCAAUAGAUUCAUCUGCUGCAGGUCAGGGGAUAGUAGGACAAUGA